UAAAAUGUUUCAUGUUUAUAUCUAAAAAGACUACCGCUGGUCAUUUAUUUGUAAUUUAAUUUAUAUUUUUAAAAACAUUUUAUCCAAAAAAAAACACAAACAUAACUUUAACGUAUUAAUUUAUUGUUUAUUAUAUAAAAAAGUAUUUAUUUAAUUUUUAAGAUAAAUUAUGGCUUCAAUGAGUUCUAUGUCAAAUGUUGAAAAUCUAUCACCACAAAUAAUUCGACGAGUUGUUAAAGAAAUGCAAGAUUUGGCAAGUCAACCACCAGAAGGUAUUAAAGUCAAUUUAAAUGAUGAAGAUGUAACUGAUAUACAAGCGUUUAUUGAUGGACCCUCGGGUACACCGUACGCUGGUGGAAUAUUUAAAGUAAAAUUAGUACUUGGUAAAGAUUUCCCACAAGGUCCACCGAAAGCAUUCUUUCUAACAAAAAUAUUUCAUCCGAAUGUAUCAAAUAAUGGUGAAAUUUGUGUGAAUACAUUGAAAAAAGAUUGGAAACCAGAUCUGGGAAUUAAACAUAUUUUAUUGACAAUAAAAUGCCUUCUAAUAGUGCCAAAUGCUGAAUCCGCAUUGAAUGGAGAAGCUGGAAAGUUACUGCUUGAACAUUAUGAUGAUUAUUCUCAAAGAGCUAAAAUGAUGACAGAAAUUCAUGCCCAGGGUUCAAAAUGUACAAGAAACGAAAUCGAAGGAAAUGAUGGACCCUCAGCCAAAAAACAUGCUAGUGAUAAAAAAAUAUCUGCCGAAAAGAAAAAAUUAUUAAAAGAUAAAAAAAGAACGUUGAAAAGAUUAUGAAAGUUCUAACAUUUAUUUUUAAAAAAAUUAUUAUUUUUUUGUUCUUUUUAUUUUUUUUUCCAAUAAUAAUUUAUUUUUGAAUGGGCUAUAAUGCAUUUUUUUCAACAUAGCAUAAUUAUUUAAGGUCUGAGUUCGUUUUGUUCGCUUUAAUCACAUACAAGUUUAUAAAUUAACGCUGAAAGUGCCGACAAAAUGUGCUAAUACUCGAGCUUAAACAUUUACACAUCACAUAUGAGUAAAGUAAGCCAAUUCGAACGUAAAUAAAUUGCGUAGCGUAAGCGUCUGUAUGCACUUACAGCGUGCAAGCGUCCAAAACGAACACAAACAAAAAUGCAUCCAUCAUAUUUAAUUUAAAACGAACGAAUGUUAAUUAAAUUAGGAAUAUUUAUUUUGAAAAAUUUCAUUUAGUCAUUUAGCCCGUUAAUAUUGUACAAAUUUCUAUUUACUGUGUAACUGUUUCUCUCUCUUGUCUUGUGAAAUUUUGUAAAAAAGAUCAAAUAAAUUUUGCGUGUAGUAAU